AUGGCUAAUGGGUGGUCCGAUCCAACAAGAAUGCAAGUUAUCAACUUCAUGAUUUACUGUAAGGGUAAGACUGUGUUUUUGAAGUUUGUCAAUGCGUCAAGUGAUAAAAAGGAGCACAAAUACCUUGCCAAGCUAUUUAAAGAUGUCAUUAAUGAAGUAGGGAGGGAGAAUGUGGUUCAAAUUGUUCUUGCUCUUAUGAGAAAAGUAUGUAAAGAUGAUUUGAUUCGACUAGGACCAACACAGUUUUCCACUAAUUAUAUUUCUCUUCAAAGCCUUUUCCAAAAGAAUGUUGGACUUAAACAAUUGUUUAUUUGUAAUGAUUGGGUUACUAGUGAAUAUUGUCAAAGCAAGGAGGGAAGACGUAUAGAGGAACUCGUUCUUGAAAACAUGUUUUGGGACAAUGUGCAAUCAGUGAUUUCUAUUUACAAACCAUUAUACGGUGUUCUUCGAAUAGUUGAUAUAGAGGUUAACCCGACAAUGCCAAUGUUAUAUGAUUUAUUUAAGAAGGUGGGAACAAAGCUAGAACAAAUCAGGAAUACAGUUUGGUAUAGUGAAGGAAUUGGUGAUGAUCCAGAGCUACUAGAUGCCCUUCACUCAGUUUUUGCAAAGUUGGACCCAAACUCCGCAGGCAUAGCACAAUUCGGAAAUGAGAUCAUAAACUUUAGAGACUCGUUAUACAAAUUUGGAAGACCAGCUGCCAUUGCUUCGAGGAAAUCAUUGAAUACAUAUGAGUGGUGGAACAUGUAUGGGGGUGAUACACCUACACUUCGUAAAUUGGCAAUGAAGAUCCUAUCUCAAACCACAUCAUCUUCUGCUUGCGAGCAAAAUUGGUUCGAAUGGUUGAUGGUGGUGAAGUACAGCCAUGUUAAAUCGACUGCUAGUCUGGAAAAGAAGAAUGAUAUAGGUGAAGAGGAAACUGCUGAUUCAAUAUACCAUUGGAAAGAAGUAAGAGAUCAUUAUGAUGAAAGUGAUGGAAGUGGUUAUAAAUUAUCAAGAGGCACUAAUGAAAAAUCAAUUGAUGAUGAUGAUGAUGAUGAUGGUAAUACUGGUGGUGGUAGCAGCCAUCGUGGCUAUGGAGGUAGUGGACGAGAUAACUCGUGUGACAAUGGUAGUUAUGACUAUACUAAUCGUGAGGCGAAUUAUGGAAAUGAUAGGGGGAGUAGCAAAUCAUGA